CAAAAAUAAAACUGAUUAUUGUUUUGACGUAUCAUUGCCGAAAAUUUAUUGAAAAUUAUUAAUAAAAAAAAAAAACUACAAAAAUGGCCGAUACCGCUGAUAUUCUAGCCGAAACGGUUCUUCCGGAGGAUUUAAAAAAAUUUGAAAAAAUCUACCACGAACAACUAUGCAAAAGUGAUGUAAGCCCCAAGGCACAGUUUGAGUAUGCCUGGUGCUUAGUCCGAAGCAAAUACCCUGCCGAUAUACAAAAGGGCAUAGUCUUACUCGAGGAACUGUAUAAAACCCAUGAGGAGGGACAAAGAGACUAUUUGUACUAUUUAGCUAUUGGUAAUGCUCGGCUCAAAGAAUACACCAAAGCUCUGGAAUAUGUGAGGUCAUUUUUAUCAAUUGAACCCGGUAACCAACAAGUAGUAAGCCUUGAACAAAACAUAAAAAAGAAAAUGGAAAAAGAGGGUCUCCUAGGUAUGGCACUGGCGGGAGGCGCUGUCUUAGCAGUUGGAGCAAUGGUGGGCAUCGGCCUGGCCAUCAGAAAAAAGUGAUAAUAGUCUGAUCCAUUUGUUUAUUGAUGUUUUUAUUUUCUAUUUAUUAUGUUAACGAACUUUUCUAAUAAAUUUAUAUACAUGGGUCGCAACAAAAUCCGCUAUUUUCCACUCGAUACGAUUUUGUUGUCACUUGGUAUGCUGUUACUGUGA